GAGAAAGACGACGGUAACAAAAGUGCGUGCUUUCUCCCCGUCAAGCUGGAGUUUACUCUGGACUCUGGAUCCGACCACACAGCUCUCCUGGCUGCCCUUUCACCACCACCACCACCACCACCACUUUUACCAACCACCAGCUAACGAAGAAAGUGACAAGUCUUGGAUGACCACUACUCAAAUUGUUACACGCUUCUGCUGGGAUCCAGUCGCAACAUUUGUUAACGAGUCCUCCUUCAAAUGAGUUUGCGCACCCAUCAACAAAGAAGAACGGACAAUGUUGCAGAUUUUGAAGUUGUGAGAGGGAUCCAACUCUAUUUACGAGGUGUGCCGACGACCGAGAUUUCUUCCAGCAACCUCCUCUCCCGUAACCACACAUUAUCCCAAUUAGCCGAGAUCUUUUGAGGUGAUGAAAAACGACCGAGUCAGGUCAACGAUCGAUCCUUUCUAUUGAUUUAGCAAUCAAAGAAAGCAGACAGCGUUAAAUUGCAAGAAGGAAUCAAACAGAGUUCUGACGGGCUUGUCCAUUCCGAGCGAUAUUUUGGACGAGGGAAAUAAUUCGCCCUUAAUAAUAGAGCGUCCGAAACAGUUGGAAUCUUUUCCGAGAGGAUUUUUCUUUCUCUUUGUUUAAUUGUUGGUUGUAUAAGACGGCGAAAGUGGUUCUCAAAGAGCACACUUAAUCGGGUGGCAAUGGGGGAUUUGGGAAGAAUUCGCCUCGUUACUUUGGGAGGAUCCGGGGUCGGCAAGACCGCCAUUGUGAAACGAUUCUUGUUUAACACAUAUCCAGAAAAACACAAGCCUACGGUGGAGGAUUUGUAUACAAAGGAGUUUGACAUCGGGCCAACGACGCUUAAGGUGGACUUACUGGAUACGGCAGGUGAUCUCCAAUUCCCUGCGAUGCGGAGAUUAUCAAUCACAACAGCUCAUGCUUUCCUCCUCGUCUACGGCAUCGACAGUAAAGAGAGCUUUGAACAAGUGAAAUGCUGCUUUGAAGAGAUUCGUGAGCACAGAUCCGAUUUCCAGGAGGUUCCAAUCAUCAUUGCGGGAAAUAAAGCGGAUUUACCUGCCAUUAAGAGGGAUGUCGAAUUUGACGAGGUUUGCGACUGGAUUCACGACCAUUUACCAAAAAUCAGGGGAAAAGCUAUGGAAUGUUCCGCCAAGACGGGAGCCAACGUGAAGGAAUUAUUUAAAACCUUUCUCCAACUGUCUCAACUGUGUCCGACUGCGAGUGUGGCGGAAGCAGCGCCGGGUGGAUUUUUUGGGGCUGGGGGCGGACUUCGGCGCAGGUCGAGCGCGUACGCGGGAACGAAAGGUAGUGGCGGGAAAGGAGCGCAACCACAACCUGCCACACCCCCCUCGUCCGCCUGCAACAGUCCGCGGCUCGGAGGGCUGAGCUUGUUGCGAGGAACGAUGAGCACUCCGACGGGGUCCUCUGGCCACUUCGACUUUGAGGACGCGGGGGGCAGCUUGAGUCGAAGCAAGCCACGGAGCAGGAGUCUCAUUCGACGCUCCAGCAAGAAAUCCAAGCCACAAAUGAGGGACACAUCCGGCAGCAGCGGAGCCCAGGGGGACUGUGUCGUUGCAUAGUAAAUGAUGUGCAAAUGAUACAGAAAUGCCAAAAAUAAUGGCCGCAUAAGAGCUGGUUUUUAAAAAUAUACUCAAAAUGACGAAGCUUAAAUUGUGCAAUUACAUACGUGGUCCUCUUAGCCGCAAGUCUUAAUCGACCAAAAUCAUGCCAUCAACCUCCGUAAUACGUCACCCUCAACUGUGUAAAUAUCUACGUCGUAGAUUAUAUCACGAUACAAUUUGUGUGUUUCUAAUAUGAAAAAGAUAAUCUGUCCUCACUUGCAAUGGUGAAUGAAUUUACUUACUUAUCUAACUCUGAAACUGCUUUCUGCGUAUGUACAUGAAAUGUUUCUUAUGCUCCAUUGAUCAACUUUCUACAAAAUUAACCAUAAAGUCGAUCGUUCAUCUGAAUAUCUAUUGGGAAGUCCAGAAUCUACUGGUAUUUCGGGUAGAAAAAUGUAUCUAAUGUUUAAUAUUCAAUGUCAAAGUUGUAGUUGUAUUAUAUACGGAUAAUUAUCUGUAAUAGGUUAUAUGCACGUAUGUGACUACUGAGAAUUAAAACUAUAUGUUUCUAGAAUUAAUCCACAAAUUUAACAAAUUAUCUACUCAUUUCUACGAGUUAAAAAAAUCAGUUAAACAAGUUUACGUAACUGUAAAACGUAUGUAUGUAGAAGUACAAGCAUGGACUGUACCUUACUAAAUAUAUCGUCUCUAUUAUCAUCAUCAAUUGGACAUAUAAUUACAAAUACGAAGCUGAUAUGUGAUCUGAUAAAACAAACUUAAAGAAAAUUAUGUAUUUAUAAAUAACGUUUCGAUGUGAAAUAAAAUCUGAUUACUAAUUGAA